AUGAUGGGAAGCAACCAAGCCAGACCCAUUGAAGAGGGAGAAGGACGUGUUGAGCAGGAGAAUGUGGAGAUUGGCCUUGUUGAGCAGGAGAAUGUGGAGAUGGGCCUUGUUGAGCAAGAGAAUGUUGUGAUUGGCCAAGUGGACCAGCAAGGCAACGAGGAAGAUGGAGGAGUCAACCAAGAGAGGAAUGUUCAAGUGGAUGGUGCUGUCGUAAAACCAGAAUUGGAAGAACAAUUGGUACGAAUGGAGGAGGAAGACCGAGAACCUGAUGCUGAUGAUGGAAGGGUUCACAGGAACAUCAUCGACAAACAGCACAUCAGAUUAGCCGAGUACCAGCUACGCAUCGAAGAGCGUAAACAGGAAAUAUCAGAGUAUUUGGAAGUCAUCAGAGAACUCGAAGGCACGGUGGGCUCCUUGCAGGCGCGUCUUGAAGAUUUGGAGGAGAGAAUCCAGGUCAUGGCCAACGCGCCGAUGUUGAUGACUGGAUUGACGGUCUUCACAAAGUCUACGAUGGAUACGAUGACGUAG